AUGGCGGGAGCUCAAGAACCCUCGGGCUUGGAUUACGAGAUGUCUAUCCGGACACUGCACCUAGAGAAAGAGUAUGAGAAGACCCUUGCAGACUCGGCGCGUCUUCUUGAUGCCGAGCGAGAUCGCGUGAGGCGUAUGGAACACCUGCUUCUCAAAUUUGAAAGCCAGGCUCUACGUUCACAAUUGGAGCAAGCAAAUGGGCAGUUGUUUGGACUAGCCAAUGCUGAGUCGGAAGCCUGUCUUCAGCUCGAUGAAGCCUGCCGGGAAAUCGAUAGCUUGGAUCUUCGGGCACAGGCCUCGUCCAGUGAAAUACAAAAGCUCAAGGGCCAAAUUUCAACCUUCAACAAUAGUUCGACUGACUACAAUACUAUACUAUCGGAAAAACUUCAUCUUUCGCGCGAUAUUUCCAAUUUGAGAUCAGAAAACGAACGGCUGAAGACACAAAAUUCGUCCCACCAAAACCUGAUUACCAAAUCGCGGGAGAUGGAACGGCAACUGAAUUCUCUCGAAAUCGCUCUUGAAAAUGAAAGGCACGCCCAUGAACGAACCCAGGCCAAGGAGUCCCAGCAAGCGGCAGAGAUAACUAAGCUAUCUGCGCAAAGUGAGGAGUUGCGAAACGAGCUCAUGGAAGAAGCGCGAGGGAGACAGCAGCUAGAACAAGACUCUCGCCAGCGGAACCUAGAAUGGGACAACCAACGGACCAAGCUCGAGGGAAGAAUUGAAUACCUGACAAAACAAUUGCGGUCAACCAGAGACAAAUUGCAGGAAUCUCAUAAUGACUCCCAGCAGAGACGCGCAAAUGUUAGGUUCAAUGAAGAUGGUGCAUCGGAUUCCCGACCUUCAACGAUUCCUCCUCGGCGGUCUGGUCCGGACCAUGGAGCCGGCAUGACCAUUGCAACCCCUGGCGCCGUUCGUGUCCAAGAUAAGAUCAAAAGGCAAUCGGCAUUGCCUGGGGACAAAUCAGCAUUUUCCAUCACCCCGUUUCUGAACCGCACCGGUGCCCGGACAGAUUCCCCGAUAAGUUCAGAAGGGGAAGAAGAACCUCCUACGACUAAUGGAAAAUUUCAUGGGUCUUCCACCAAGGAUAGCCCUUCAAAUAAGCUACACGAUCAUGGCUCUGUCUUGCAGAACCCGCCUGCUCCGCGACAAGCCGCUGUCAAAUCAAGCAAACUGAAGCCCAAACCGCGCCAGGGUAAAUCCGCUAUAGAAGACUCGGCCGCUGGGCCCAAGAAGCCCGCCAGCCGUCUCGAUAGCAAUGUGCAUUCCAGGGAAUCUGAUGAGCCGCGUGAAUCCGUCGGGCAGACUAAGCCCAAGAAGCGCAAACUGGGUGCUCAACGGGAACGAAUUUUGUUUGACGAAGAAGAAGAGGAACAUGGAGAAAACCGAAAAACAGGGCGCAAACUUCCCCUUGGCAUGGGACGAAGCUCGGUUUUGGGGACUUUACCGCCUGCUACAUUGUCGGGCGAGCGAACGGGGGGCUUUGGGGCACCCAUGGGGUUUUCCCCGCUAAAGCGAGAUCGGAAGCGAUUGGGUGGACAGACGGUAGUCGAUUUGGGAUAUGCACCCGGUUCAUGGUCUCAGGUGGCCGUGAGCCGAACCCAGCCGCAGGGUCGCGUCCUCGGCGUCGAUAUCAUCCCGGCCCAACCCCCGAAAGGUGUCUCCACAAUCCAAGGCAAUUUCCUUUCCCCGGAGAUUCAAACAUACAUUCAAGAAUUUUUGUGCAACCCAAACAGGGGCAGGCCACGCCAUCCCGCGGCUCCUGCGGAUUCUGGUGCCAGUGUGUUGGAACUGGACACGACCAUGUUCCAACCAACCGAUCCUGGGUCGAGCAAUACAGGGACCAGUGCAGAUAAGCGUGAUGGAUUUGUUGGACGUACUGUGGAUGUGGUUCUCAGUGAUAUGUCUGCCCCCUGGUUCCAGACAUCUGGGUUCUGGAAACGAAGUCUAAGUGAUCCUUAUCAUAGGAUGAUGAACACCAGCGGCAUCAAUUUCAGAGACCAUGCUGGAAGUAUGGACCUCUGUCAUGCCGCCUUGCGCUUUAGCUCGCUCGUUCUAAAGACCGGAGGCCAUUUCGUCUGCAAAUUUUACCAAGGGGCAGAAGAUAAGGAAUUGGAGAGACAGUUGAGGGAUUUGUUUCAGAAAGUUUACCGACUCAAACCCGAAUCAUCUCGCAGUGUAUCCCCCCCCCCCCCCCUGGCUGGAUGGUAUGAUUGUUGA